UAAGCUAAGCCUAAGCUAGCUACGUACCCAGCUAGGCAAGGCAAGCAGCUAGCAAGCCAGGGUUACACGCACGAUCCAUCCAUCUCGUGCCCUAGCUACUGCGUACCUAGCUAGCUCUGCGAUGGCCGACGGCAAGCUGGAUCCUCCCGCCGGCUACGCCUUCGACCCAGCCGAGCACGAGCUGAUCACCAAGUUCCUCCGCCCACGGAUCGCCGACGCCUUCUUCGCCAGCCGCCUCAUCCACGAGUUCGACGCCUACUCCGCCGCCCCCGGCGACCUCGUCGAGAUGUAUCAACACGCGCAAGGAACGGACAAGGGCGACGGGAAAGGGGGCGUCUGGUACUUCUUCACCCCUGCCCGUCGUCACCAGACCAAAGGCGGCCGCGGUGGCGGGAGGCGGCAGCGCGGCGUGGCCGACGCUGGCGAGGGUUACUACUGGCACUCGGAGAAGGGCGGGAUCCCCGUGCUAGACAACCAAGGUAAACUCGUAGGCCAUAGACGAAACCUCAGCUACGUCAAGAAGUUGCCGGGAGAGAAAGAGAGGAUCAGGAUCGGCUGGUGCAUGAACGAGUACAGCGAUGACAAGCAAGACGGCUUGGUGCUCUGCAAGGUCUGCGUGUCUCGUCACAGGAGCGAGACCACAUACGACGAGGUAAUCAAUGCUCCCGGUUCCAGGAAAAGGAAGGCCGCCGACGUCCAGCACCCGGAUGCUCCACGUCCCCAAACCCCACGCCGCCAGGAACCGCCGAUCGUCCAACAACCCGGGAUGCUUCACGAGUAUGGGCGCUGGUUCAUGUCCGACGAAGGUGAGACGUUGUUGCCGCCCGGAGUAGUGGACGACGGCAGCGUGGAUCCAGGCGGGUUCUUCACCGCCGACAUGCUUCAAGAUUUUCCCGAGCUCCAUGACGCUGCGGUGGCACAGGGGAUCUUGCCCGGCAAACUCGACGGUGAAGUCCAAGAAGGCACUAGCGCUGCAGAGGAUGAAGACGACGCCUUCAGGUGCACGUUAGAUGAGCUGCUCGGCUUGUGCGACGACACGACUGUGGCAUGCCCUACCAUGUGAUGGCCGAAUGUACCAUGGAAGACCGCGACAUCUGCAGCCAGGAGAUGUUUCAGGAUAUAGAAGCUAGUGUAGCUCAAUGGUCUACUUGCUAGUCUAGCUUUGAUGUAUGUGGUGAUUAAGAAGCAAGAUGUUGCUAAUUGUACUGGUGAUGAACAAGGCAGCAAUUCAUGUGCAGA